GAGAAGUUUACACUUAAGCAGGAUCAAGGAAACAGAGGUGGACAUUCAUGAUCUGGGAAGGGGAACUGACCGACAUUUAAGACAAACCAUGUGAGGGACGUUUACUUCAGAGGCCAAUGGCAGUGGCACUGUGAUAAAAGAGAUGGCUGGGAAGCACUUUCCACUCUCUGAUCUACUCCUGAUUUUCUUUAUGCACAGGAGCCAUGGAAAGGAUCAUCUGAUGGAAAAGUGAACUGGCAGUAGUUGAGAGAUUUCUGAGAUAAUUGGAUGAGCCUGUUUAAACAUUUUCUACUGAACAGCAGCACUGUCUCAGUGACCCUGUGCCUGAAGAGGAGGUCACCAUGAUCUCCACAGCUGUCCGCUGGCUCUUCCUGGUGUCUUUUAUCAUCCUGACCAUUGGUGGGAACGUGCUGGUAUGUUUGGCUGUAGGGCUCAGCCGUCGACUUUGGCGCAUUGCUAACUGCUUCGUGGUGUCAUUGGCAGUGACAGAUCUCCUGCUAGGUCUGCUGGUGCUGCCCUUGUCUGCCACUGUGGAGCUGCGCAGAGGGAAAUGGCCCCUCGGAGGAGCCCUGUGUAACAUCUACAUAUCACUGGAUGUCCUACUGUGUACAUCCUCCAUCCUGACCCUGUUGGCCAUCAGCGUGGACCGGUAUCUAGCCAUUUCAGCUCCCCUUAGCUACUCCCGGAGAGUUACCCGUCUAAGGGUCACACUGGCCAUGAUCGCCAUCUGGAUCUUGUCACUGGCUGUGUCCUUUGUGCCCAUCCACCUGGGCUGGAACACAGCAGACUACAGAGUGCAACACUUGGACUGGGGCAUGGGGGAUGAGGACAAGGAGGGACGCUACUGCCAGUUUGAAUGGAAUAACAACUAUGUUCUUAUUUAUGCCUUUAGCUCAUUUUACCUGCCUCUGCUGCUUAUGUGUGGAAUGUAUCUUUGCAUAUUCAGAGUGGCACGAGAACAGGUUCGCCGUAUCCGUGCUGCAACUCCAUCAUUUGCACGCACAGCAUCAACUGCAGCCAUAGCCCGAGAGCACAAAGCUACAGUGACCCUGGCAGCUGUUCUGGGGGCCUUUGUCAUAUGCUGGUUUCCUUAUUUCACCUUCUUCACCUGCAUGGGCAUAAAGGAAAAGACAAACCCCCCUAAUACACUUCACUCUGUGGUCCUGUGGCUGGGCUAUUUUAACUCAGCUCUUAACCCCAUCUUGUACCCAGCCUUCAACAGGGAUUUCCGCAGGGCCUAUGCAGAGCUGCUUCGCUGCAGAGGACUGUCUCACAGAAAGCUGCAGCUUACUCGUGUUUCUGUGCAGAAACGAUUGACCUUUACUAACGGACAAAGGGUUCCCCAACAGUCUGAGAAACACACAGUUAAGAAAGAAACUGAGGGGAAGAGCCUCACCCUACAUGAGAGAAAUGGUAUCCCCAAUGAACCAAGCUGAAAUGCCAUGGCUCUGUUAUUCCAUUGCUGGAAAUGUAGACUGUCAGCAAAAAGUUUUCAAAUACAAUCUUGCUCCACAACUCACAGUGCCAGAUUAGCUAACCAUUUACAGUAUCAGUUAGAUGUUUAGUGUAUAGUGGCACAGAUGAUACCGUUUAUGUACAACUCAAAGCACAACAUCAUGAAUUUGUUUUGGUGGUGUACUGGAUACAAAAGUAGUGCCAGUGUUUUUUUGAUUACAUCAAAAUGUACUUCAAUGAAAUUCAUCAUACUGAAAUGUCUUAAUUGAAGAUGUGCCCUUCCAGUGGAGAAAACAUGAUAAAAUGCUCUCCAGAGUGCCCUUCCAUUAGACAAAAUGUCCUAACGCUGACUCAGCUGUUUGACCAGAAAUGCGUCACAACUUUCUGCACGCUGGUGCCCUUUUUAGUUUUUUUCGCCCCUGCCCCUCAAAUAGCCUGAGUCUGCCACUGACAGCAAUGUAAUUCAAAAUAAAGAGUUGGCAGAGCAGAGGUAACUGGAACGAAUGGAUGACUCAAUAAGUUUCCCAGCAAGCUGCAUGGAGACACAGGUGGUUAAAGGUUUGCAAACUGUUUAUUUUCUCUUCCCUCAACACUGCCAAUGAGAGUAAAUAAGUGAUCAGCAAGCUGAUUUGAUAUGUAUAAUAUGUGUAUGUUUGACUUCACCUGAGCAGGGUGGCUUACUGGAAGUUUGAACUCCAAUUGGACAAGACAUUCAGACAAAAUACUUCAAAAAUGUCUUUUAAUUAUUUAUGCAUUCCUGCAACACCAUUUAACUGGAGUUAUGAUUAAUGCAUGACUGAAGUUAAUGAUUUCUAGUGCCCCCAACAAGUCAGACUUCCAGACUUUUUUAAGACUUCUACUUCACACACACUGCAUCACAAUAACUAUUAUUAUACUAUGAAAUCUACAUCCUUGAAAUCAUCAUUAUGUAUGGAUCAUAUUAUGGAUUAUGGAUUAUUCUCAUGUGUAGACAUCAACAGUUGAAAUAAUUUGACACUACAACCCAUUGACACUCUGCUCAGUGGUAUAAGAACAGAAUGAGUAUACAGGAUGAGGGGGGGUAUACUGAAAGAUUUGGUACCAAGAAAUAUUCGAUUGCUUUUACUUGAAUAUCAGUUUAUUAAUAAAAUAAUUUAAAUUAUUUUUUUGUAUUUAACAUAUUUAUUUUAGUAUUUUUGUCCCUUACAUUUAUUUUUUUUAUUAAGUACUAUCUAAACCCAUCUAAUCAAAUACAUUUUUGCAUAGGUUAUCAAUGUAUUGUAGAUACCACUGUAAAAUAAGUGCUUUAUUUGGUCAGCGGUAAUAUGCCAUUUUUAAAGCAUAGUCGGUAACGAGACAAGGCAAGCUGAGUGUGAUUGUAAUGGAAGUUCAAUGUGAGUCUUGGUACUGUCGAUGGUAGCUGAAGCCAGCUCAUGCAGUAGGCUGCAGCAGGGAAAGAGAUCGAAAUCCCUAUUGAGAUGAAUUGAUGACUUGCCUCAACCUUGUGAAGACAUUGGAUUCUCAAGUAUAAGGUCUGAAAGUGGAAGCGAUCCAGCCAGCACCAGCAGAGUUCUGUCUGAAAUACUAUGAAGUAAUAAAAAUUAUUAACUCUAAUUCAGGUCAGGUGGCAGAGAAGUAAAAAGUGAGAAUGGAAGUGCAGGGCCAUUUAUUUAGCAUUAAAUGCAACUGAGUCCUCCUGAACUGAGGAGGAUGUAUACUGUUCCCAGUGACAUUCAGUACAUUUGGUGGUAAAAAUUUACCACCAAGAUAAAAAUAAAUUCCUCAUGCAUCUAUAGGUUCUCACUCAAUAUCAGUCCUACUGACUACUGCCAAUGCUGAACAUGCAGCUUGCUGUUUUAACUGUUCAACAAUAGAUGGAGCAUGUGAAAUAGGGAAAUGUCUUAGAUUCAUCCAGAAGUUUAUGGAGCUUUUAACACCUGUCUUCUGUACAAUGAAUGAGAGAUGCAAGUUUGCAAUUCGACUUUUGAAAGGAUGUUUUUUGUUUGUAUGUAUCUGUGAUGGUGAAUUAUACAGAAUGUUUAAUAUGAAAAUGUCAUUACUUGGUAGCCAAAAAAAUAACAAUUCUUAAUCUUAAAAAUAUCAUAUAUCAGAGAUAUGUUAUUAUGCAUAACUAAUGCAAAAAGGAGGUUAUAUAGGUAUUGAGAAUACAAAUAUAUGUGACAUAAUGAAUUAGUUCUGGUUUGAAACGCAUUCAUAAUGGAAAGUUCCAUUCCAUUCAUGGAACAGACUCAACCCAUUUAAAUCUUAUCAGCAUGGGUUCUGUGCAUCUGUAAAUGUUUGAUGAUAAAUAGUGUGCUGCAACUGAACCUGGACUGAAAAGAAUUAAGAGAAAAAGGAAUAAUCCAGAAAAUAAAAGGAUCCACCACUGAUGAUCACCAUCCCAAGAUAGUAAGGCCACAUGAUAGAAGUCUUUCGUUGUUGGACAUAAUGGGACCAAAUCUGUGCCUUUUAAUCAUGUUAAAAGUGAGUUAAGGGCCGACAGGUCCAUAAUGGUUCCAGGCAGCGUGCGUCAUCAUGUGUUUUAUGAAAAUGUAUCGCUCGCUCAGAAGUGUGCUAAUCCAAUAUUGUGCUCGUCUCAUUGCUUAUGAGGCCUGUUGACCAUGCUACCUACCGUGACCUGAUGUUAAAUCUCUCAUUGUCAUUGUGGUUAUCUGUUUACUCAUACGUUGUCAUUUCCUAUGAUAAAUCUCUAUAGCGCAAAUAAAAUCCCACGUACAAUAGAGCAGCAUUUAUCUCAGCGUACCUUGUUGUAUGACUAUUGUUUUGGUGUGUGUCUGAGUGUGAACAAUUAUUUAUUUGUGUUAAUAGAGCACAGA